AUGGCGGCAGAUGCCCUAUCAAAACUGGCGAGUUCCAGUCUAAGCGACAAGAAAAGGAACGUCAGGGUGGAGACAUUGGUAGAAAGAAGUAUAGAAGUUGUCCCAGCGUCCGUUAAUACAAUCACUUCUGAACCAGAGUGGUAUGAGGGCAUACUGGCAUAUAAGCUCAAAGUCUGCCAUCCGCAAAGCAACGGCCAAGCCGAAGCCGCUAACAAACAGAUCCUCAAUGCCCUGAAGAAGAGGUUGGAUGAGUUGAAGGGUGCAUGGGCCGACAUGGUGCCAGCAGUGCUGUGGUCCAACAGGACCACCGAAAAGGAAGCCACCGGAGAAACACCGUUCAGGCUAGCUUUCGGGGCAGAGGUGGUACUCCCGGUAGAAGUGGGGUUACCCAACUGGCGGAUCCUGAACUAUGAGCCCGUUUUGAAUGAGCAAAUACACAAGGAGGACCUAGACCUCUUACCAGAGAUCAGAUUGGCUACAGAGCUGAGGUCGGCCGCAUACAAAGACCGGAUAAGCAAGGCCUACAAUAAAAGAGUGUGA